ACACCUUCACUAAACUCCUUUCUUUGUGUUGAAAAGUAAAAAAAUCAAAUGUUUAGUUCUUUCAGGAAAAAAUAUCACACAUUAUCACACAUUUGGUAUUUUGGUGGGAAUCCAACUUGAGAAGCGGCAAAAAUGGCGAAUUUUUUGUAUUUUCACCAUGAAAACCCAAAAUUCAGCUCUUCAUCUCUAGAUUAAUUCCUCUGCAAAAAAUGGACAAAAUCUGUCAAACAUGUGGAUAUGGAGAGAAAGAUUUCUCUAGAUAUUUAAUUUAUUGUACCGAAUGUUGGGACACGGUUGAGCACAUAUAUUGUCUUGGCUUAUCAGCUGAUGAUAUUAGUGAAGAUUUCAGUUGGAAAUGCGAUUCAUGCCCAUCAACAGUUGAAUUACUGGCAAAAGUGAUAAAAUAUGGGGAUAAACAAGAUGAAAAGGUUGAAUUUGCUGGUAGUGGUCCAUUGAGAAUUUUAGAUUUUGCUCUGCCUGAUGCUAGUGCAAUCCCGGUAGUAGGGCCAAUUUGGAGGGGAGUUUUCAAUACCGUUGGAAGUUUAUAUACAAGUUUGAAAGGGCUCGAGGCCUUUAUGCCAAAGACUUCAUAUUCAAAAGUUGUCAAUCUUGUACAAUCAAUGCCACCCUCUAUUUUUUUCAGCAUGAAAAAGAGGUGCGAGGUUUGGCCUAAGGAUUUUGAUGAAUUGGGGGCUGCUGCCUGCAAUAUUGGACUUUACAUCUUUCCUGAAUUUUUGAGCUUUUGUGACAGGAAUGAGGCUGAUUACAACGUUUUGAUGGAGUACAUGAAAUCAAAUGACCUAGCCAUGACAGCCAAGAUUAAGAACUUAGAGUUGUUGGUUUUUACUUCCUUUGAGAUAUUGGCUCCAGAGAAACGCAAAAUUCAAGGAAAAUACUAUCUUUGGGGGACAUUUAAAGAAAAAGAAUUUCGACAAGAAAGUCCAUCUACAUGCUACCGACCAAGUGCUGUAAAAAAUGGGACCGGCAAAGGUGUAAGAGCAGUGGGCUGCCCAGGAGAAAAAACAGCCAGUCUUAGUACCCCUUUAUCAACCAAAACUGGUGCUAUAUCCAAGCAGUGGAAAACACUCAAGAAGACUAGAAAAAUAAGGUCUCAUCUAAGGCGCGAAUGCAUACCACCAUUAAGGCCUGAAUGCAAGAGAGCUAGGAGUAAAAGAGGUAAAGAAAGGAAAGUGGUAUCAGGCAAUGACCAGAAAGCCACUAUGCUAUUUCAGACAUCCAACAAACAAAGCCUAGCUGAAACCUGCCCAAUUGUAGAAGCCCCUCAUCCAGAAGAAUGUCUACCGCGAGUUAAGAUAAAGAUACCUAAAACCACAACUGUUGAUGAGUCCUCUGUCAUUACUUCAGGGAAACAAGUGAGCGCUGGUCUGCCGAAUGAUAUGAUUGAUUCUUCAGAGAACAUUAUAAAACUGAAAUCCUCAAAAGUAGAUGAUAGGUCAGCUAGCCAAGAUCCAAAAGAGCUUGUUCCUCCUUUGACCACACUUACAAAAGAAAGAUCACAAAAUAACGAGACCUUGAAUAUAUGUGAUGUUUCCCGCUCUAGUCUUGGAAACCCUUUUGAUUCAAAAGACUGUGGCGAGGAGACCAUUUCAGUUAAGCCAAUCAAAGGUUUCAAUUCCCAGCAGCAGGGAUCUAAUUGGUCUGCAACAGUUAGGGAGAGCAGAAUCAUUGAAGGAAAAUCAGCUGAGGCAGAGCAGCUGAACUGUGAAGAUGGUAUUAAGCUGCAUGGUGCAUUGCUUCCGAAUGAACUUUUGGAAUCCUCACAGCUUCAAUUACAAGACAGCAGUGUCUAUCUAGCCUCUAAUCCCAUGAAUAAAGCCUUUUUAGUCCCUUCGGUUGGUAAUCAAGAAGAUUCUGAGGUAAAAGAGCCGAAUCCUUCAAGCAAUGGACAAAGCAAUCCUUUCUCUAAAGAUGAACCCUUAGCUGAUCAUCAAUAUACUGUUGACAAAAAAGUUUUUCAUGAAGUUAAUUCCCCAGCUGAUGAUGGUCUACCACAAUUUCCUCCCCUAGAAGAUCAGCAUGAGAUACCUCUUGAGAAAGGUUUAAGUGCGACUCCCGUUAUUGUUGAUCUUGAAGAAGAAAAGCCCGAAGCAUUUAUCCCUUCAUCUGUUGCUCCUAUUGUAAUCUUGGAUUUUGAUGGUGAAGAAUCUCCCAAAAGUGGGUCUGAAAGCUUUAGAGAGUCAAGUUUUAUGACAAUACCAGCCUCCAUUUUAGAAAUGGCAGGUAAUUACCAUGACAUCAACUCAAAUUGUGUUGGCACACAAGUUGGCCGGUACAACAUCAAAUCUGACUUGGCCCCUACUCUUACCAAAAUUCUUGAAAUGCAUGGAGAUAUUGCUUUAAAUUGCAAAAUUGAUCCCAAGGUUCCAUUGGAGAACAUAUGCAAAGCUGUUCAGGACCUUGAAUCAGUCUGCUUAAGCGGCCUACGCUCCCAUCAUGUGAACCACCUAAGAAGCGUGCUGCAACUUGGUGAAGCUGUAGGGAUCAAUGUGAAAUGGCUCUGCAAGCGAUGUAACUAUCUUGAGAAGCUUGCUUCUUAUCUUAGUCAGUACCCUACUCUAAGGAGUGAACUGGCUCAUACCAAAAAGGAUAUUCAGCAUAGAGAAGAGAUGCUGAGUUCGAAAAGAACCAUGGAGGCAAACCUGCUACCGGAAAUCAAGUCACUGGAAGCAGAAUUGGAGCCGCUGAAGGAAUACAAAGAGAAGUUAGAUUCUGCCUUGCAGUACAUUACUUCGAUUUUUAGAACCUUCCAUGAUAAGUCCUUGGUGGUUGGACUACUUUAGAAACCCAGGUUGGUAGGUUGGUAGGUACAUUUUGCUAACAACUAUUUCUCACAAUAGUCACAAACAUAUACAUGAUUUUCACGAUAUUAACAUGAAUGUAUAUUCUGCCUGCUGUUUUAAAGGCUAAUCCUGAAGUCAGUAUCUCUUUGAAUCUUCAAACUUUUGCACUAUCUUGUGACAGUUAAUUUAAUAACUUUCAAGUGAACCACCCUUCAGUAAUCA